AUGGUGACCGUUCAUUUCCCAAUGUCCACCACGGAAAACACAGCAGGACCGGCCCCGCCGUCGUCGACGGAAGCUGCGGACAAGGUCGAUCUCCUUAUCCUCGGCGCAGGCUGGACGUCAAACUUUUUGAUCCCCCUCCUGGAAAAAUCCGGCAUAAGAUUCGCCGCCACGUCUACCACCGGCCGUUCCGGAACCAUCCCCUUCCGCUACGAUCCGGAAUCGUCCUCCUCAGAGCCUUUUCGUCUGCUGCCCACCGCAACAACAGUCCUGAUCACCUUUCCAUUGAAGGGCCAGGGCCAGAGCAAACACCUGACCGGCCUCUAUCACAGCACCCACCAACAGCAGGCCCCUGAAUCGACGCAGUGGAUCCAGCUCGGCUCGACGGGCAUCUUCACUGCCCCGCACUGGACGGAUGAGUCCUCGUCCUACGACAGGACGAACCUGCGAGCCAUAGCCGAGGAUGAGCUGAUGGCCUGUGUCCCUGGGGCCGCGGUCCUAAACCUCGCGGGGCUGUACGACGGCGAGACACGCAACCCGCGCAACUGGGUCACCCGUGUCGCCCGCACCAAGGACGCCGUCAGGGGCAAGGGCGCUGUGCAUCUGAUCCACGGUGCCGACGUCGCCAGGGCCAUCGUCGCCAUGCAUAGGCGCUUCACGCCGGGGAGGCGUUGGAUCGUGGCCGACCUGAGGACGUAUGAUUGGUGGGACCUCAUCCAGGCUUGGGGUGCCGAUGCGAGGAAGGGGUUGGUGGCCAAAGGGGAGGCUGACGUUGCUGAGGGUCUCCAGUAUGAGCGCUGGGUUGGAGAGCUGAUGCAGGAGGAUGGGAUUAAGGCGUUGCCGAGAAGUCAGGACAAGUUGGGUAGGGUGUUGGAUUCGAGAGCGUUUUGGAACGAGAUGGGGACGUGGCCUAGCAUGGGGAGGGUCGAGUGA